GGCAUGCCAGCAACACAUUCCUCUUCUCUGGAUGGAUACUGCAGCUAAGACAGGUUAGAAAGGCUCCGAGGCCUUCAGAAACCAUUACAAAGACUCAGAGACCAGAUAGAGACAGUCAGACUGAGUCUGAGACCAGUUAGAAAGAGUCUGAGGCCUUCAGAGACCAGUUUGAAAGAGUCUGGGACCAGUUUGAGACCAGUUAGAAAGAGUCUGGGACCUUUAGAGACCAGUUAGAGUCUGGGACCAGUUGGAGACCAGUUGGGCAGAGAUGAAGCUGCUCCUGUUGCUGCUGCUGAUGGAGAGAGCUGCAUCCCAGCAGAGAGGUCUGUUCCCGGCCAUUUUGAACCUGGCCAGCAACGCAGUGAUCAGCAGCAACGCCACGUGUGGCGAUCCAGGACCGGAGGUUUACUGCAAACUUGUGGAACAUGUUCCAGGACGACAGAUCAAGAACCCUCACUGCCUGAGAUGUGACGCCAACUCUGUUCUGUCCAAAGAACGUCAUCCGAUCACAAACGCCAUCGAUGGCACAAAUUACUGGUGGCAGAGUCCGAGUAUCAAGAACGGUCAUCAGUUUCACUGGGUCACGAUAACCCUGGACCUGAAACAGAUCUUUCAGGUCGCCUACAUCAUCAUCAAGGCAGCUAACUCUCCUCGACCAGGUAACUGGAUCCUGGAACGCUCCCUGGAUGGUGUGACCUUCGACCCCUGGCAGUUUUACGCCCUCAGUGACUCUGAGUGUUUGUCUCGCUACAACAUGACGCCGAGACUCGGCCCGCCGACCUACAAGAGCGACACAGAGGUCAUCUGCACGUCUUACUACUCCAGACUGAACCCACUGGAACACGGAGAGAUUCACACCUCCCUCAUUAACAGCCGACCUGGAGCAGAUGACCUGACCUCUGAACUGCUGAACUUCACGUCAGCUCGUUACAUCAGACUAAGACUUCAGCGAAUCAGAACGCUCAACGCCGACCUGAUGAUGCUGAGCGCCCGUGACCCCAGAGAGGUCGACCCCAUCGUCACAAGGAGGUAUUAUUACUCCAUCAAAGACAUCUCAGUGGGGGGGAUGUGCAUCUGUUACGGCCACGCCCAGAGCUGCCCGCUGGACCUUGAUACCAAGAAGUUGAAGUGUGUGUGUGAACACAACACCUGUGGAGAGAGCUGUGACCAAUGUUGCCCUGGUUACCACCAGCAGCCAUGGCAACCUGGGACCGUCACCAAGGGAAACACCUGUGAGAAGUGUAACUGUCACAACAAAACAGAGGACUGUUUCUACAAUCAGACCGUCUCGGAUCUCUUUUUGAGUACAAACACUUACGGUGUUCAAAAGGGAGGCGGAGUCUGUUUAAACUGCCAACAAAACACCGCCGGGAUCAACUGUGAGACCUGCGCUGCCGGCUUCUACAGACCCUCCGAGGUUUCUCCAUAUUCAGACUUCCCUUGUGUUCGGUGUAACUGUGAUCUGAGAGGAUCGGAGUCUUCAGUCUGCAGCAGAGACGACACCCAGACAGGUGUGUCUGCGGGGCAGUGUGUGUGUCAGCAGGGCUUCACGGUCGGCGGUGUGAUCGAUGUGCCUUUGGAUACAGAGACUUCCCUCAGUGUGCUCGUUGUGAGUGCAACCUGUCCGGCAAGCGUCAACACAGACCCCUGCAGCAACUGUACCUGCAGGUGA